UCCUAACGUAAAAUGUGGAAGCUUUUCUUCAAGAAAUGACAGCUGCUCGGUGUUGCAUGCUUGGAGCGUCAGGCAUUAUUCGACUUUGCUCACUUUUCCAUUGUGUUGCCUCAGAGAAGAGUACGUUUUGAGGACGUGACCUCCUUGUUCAAUACAUAAGCUGAUGUAAGACAUCGAGUUAAGAAAGUGGUGGAAUCCCACACAACGAUCAUGCCAGGACAUAUUCACCAUGUUGAGUGGUGUGUGAGCGAUUUAACCACAACCAAAGAUAAACUGACCGAGAGCUAUGGUUUCACUGCGGAGGCCCAAAGAAAGGUGAACGGUGUGCCAUUUCAAGUGGCUCUGAGGAGUGGUGCAACAUGGUUUCUCCUGACUCAAUUCCGUAACACCAAAGAAGAGGAUCAACCGCAAAUAUAUGGCAUGCCACUCAUCAGAAGUGACAAAGCAGAGACAUUGUUCAAUGUUUGCAUUCAAGUCGAGGAUGUGGAAGGGAUGUUUCAUCAUGCCGUCGAGGCUGGGGCUAAGGUCAUUCAAACCCCUUCCCUAAUUCAAUGCCCGAAUGGACACGGUUACGUGACCCAUGGGGCUAUCAAAUCAUGCGUUGGCAAUGUCAUUCAUUCCAUAGUCAACCCCAAAAGCUUCUCUGGAUCGUUCUUACCUGGUUUCGAAAGAAUUACCUCCAAAGAGAACUCUGAACAUCUAACCGAAAGCAUGGAUCACUUGACUUACGUUUGCGAAACUGGACAGAGUCAAGCCAUUCUUGAUUGGUACGCCAAAUGCUUUGGCAUGGAGAGGUUCAUGGUCAACCCCGAAGAGUCUGAGCCCGAAGGAAUCGUGAUUGGGGAAGAGGUGGGAAUGAGGAUGAAGGUCGGAGAGUGGAUUUCAUCUUGGAUGUGUAACGAGAUUGGUGCCAAAUUCCCCACAUCGUCAGAUUCAGUGGACGAUACUACCCUUAACUUUAAGCUAGUUCUUGCCGAGCCCUUAGCAGGAUAUCCAGAGUCUCAUGUCCAAAAGUUCCUGGAUGAGCACGGUGGUCCUGGCUUACAACACAUCGGACUCACUUCCAGCACCAUUGCGUCAACUGUGGCCACAAUGAACCACAGAGGAGCCGAGUUUCGAAGUCCUCCGCCUACUUAUUACACCAUGGCCUCCAAGAAGUCCGAAAUAACCCAAUCCGGAUUCGACCUCAAAACGUUCCAAAAAUUGGGACUACUAAUAGACACUGAAGCCGAUCCCGACGGCCCUAGCAGUCAGACGAAGGCUCUGAUUCAAGUCUUCACCAAACCUUUAUUCCAAGGCGACACCUUUUUCCUUGAGGUUCUUCAAAGGCAGGGCGCCCGGGGAUUUGGGGCGGGGAACAUUACCGCUUUGGCUCGCUCCAUCCAGCUGUAUCAACAAGAGCAAGAAGGAAGGGAGAUUCCUCAUGGCCAAGAGCGAAAUUUAGCUUAACCUCCACCCUUAGAUUUGGAUGAUGUAGUUUGUUAAAAAUAAACUAUUUUCAAACACG